AUGCCUGGGAAACCUUACCAUGGCGACGUCUGUGUGAACGAGUGUCCUAACUAUGGUAUCAUGUUAUCAGUCUCCUCGUGGCCGGGACACAGCCAAACUAGACACACUAGCCUCACUGCCGUCCUGGUACACAAAGACGGCACGUCGAUGGUGCAAAACACGAUGCGGCCGCGACAGCGGCGGCGCGGCUCCAGUGCGGCCCAGUUCGUCCGGCUUUCGGCGCUGGCCCUCAUCGUCUCGUGGACCGGCCUGCUCUUCUUCGUAUGGGCCACGCCGUCCCGGCGCGCAAGCGCCGAGCCCGUGCCGCUGGCCUCGGAGUUUCCGCUGCGUGAUGCCGCACGGCGCGCGCGCGAGGCUGCACGCAUCGCAGCGGCGGCCUCCGCGGAGCAGCGACAGUCGGCGCCGAGCGCGAAACACGACACCGAAGCACAACCGCUCGACGCCGUGGCGCCGCUCGCCGUGCACCAGGAGCGCGAUGGCUUCACGAUGGAGCGUGAUGAGCAGACGGGCCUCCUCGUGCCGACGUUCUGGGAGCCGCCGGUGGGCGUCGACGAGCUAGCGCACGUCGACGCCGUAAACGGCGAGCCGACGAUUUUCCUAAUGAUCGCUUCGUACCGAGACUGGCAGUGCCGGGACACGGCGGCUUCCGCGUUAGCGCGGGCGACGCACCCGAGGCGAGUCGUUGUCGCGGCGGUGCAGCAGAACCGGCCCGGGGAUGUGGGGUGUGCCGACCCACCCGUACCAUGCAGCGAGGACCCACACCAGCCCCUCUGCAAGUACAGCUCUCAAGUACGGGUCUACGCGAUGGACGCGAACGACGCGACAGGCCCGGUCUACGCGCGCCAUGUCGGCUACCGCAUGUACCGCGGCGAGGCCUUUGCGCUGCAGGUCGACGCGCAUUGUGUGUUUGUCAAUGGAUGGGACGUCGGGAUCAUCGACCAGUGGAAGCGGACGCGGAACGAGAUGGCUGUUUUGUCGACUUACUUGACCGACUUGGAAGGCAGCGUGUCGCCCUCUGGCGAUUCUUUGCGUAAGACCCGCCCUAUUAUGUGCAACAGCGAUUUCGAGGGCUCGCCGGGCUAUCUGCGGCAUGGCGCGCAGCCCGAGCGCGUUCCGGCCAUCCGCGACGUGCCGAUGCUCCAGCCGUACUGGGCCGCGGGCUUUUCUUUUGCCAGGGGCCACUUUGUACACCGCGUUCGGUACGAUUGCUGCCUACCGAUGGUCUUCAUGGGCGAGGAGAUCUCCAUUGGUGUGCGCGCAUGGACGCACGGCUAUGACAUGUACGCGCCGCAGGCUUCCGUUCUUUUCCACGAGUACGCACAGAAAUCGUCUAGAAGGCGUCACGUGCCCAAGUUCUGGGAGUCGAAGGGCGCACGCAGAGCUAACGGGCAAAAAAGCCUGAGGCGCCUGACUUCGCUCAUCAAAAUGGCCCCGCCGGAUAUGCCCGACGACUGGGACCGGACCAAGGCAUCGUUAUAUGGCCUUGGCACGGACAGACCGGUCGAUCUCUUCUACAAGCUCGCGCUGGUCGACGUGUCGCGGCGGUCGGCCGUGCCUCUGUGCCAGUUCGUCGACAGCGGCGACAUGCACCGGAUGCUGCACGACGCUCAUUUACGCGCCGACGGCCGCGGCAUCGAUUAUACCGGGGCCGCUCGCCAAUUAGAUGUGAUGAAGGUCAUUGACAAGCGGCUCUACGACCCAAUUUCAAACCAGCUCCGCAGGGCGGUAGAGCGCGGCGACAAGAAUUUGGCGCGUAACGCUCUUUCCGAGGCACAGCGCACCAAGCUCGAAAAGCACCACCCUGAACUCCGGGAGCUCGUCGAUGAAGCGCGACGACUCAAGGGUGCCCAGCGAUCCUGA